AGCUAGGCAGUGCUGUAUAUGUGGACGUUGACACGGAGACCGACUGAUACCUUGUCCACGUUUCUGCAUCCAAGUAAAAUUACUAUUGGAAGCGUUAAUCAAGGAGAUUAGUCUGAAGCAAGAGUCCGAACUUUACACCUCUUUACAUCGCCGCUCGCGUGGAUUCCGCUGCUCUGGUUUGCUGCUGAGGCCUCAGCUCAACGCGGAGUGGCGCCAAGCUAAAUGGUUUGCCAGGCCUGUGAAAAGAAGCUAUCAAAGGUUGCCUGCCCGGAAAAGUGGCGGGACAGCAAGGGUGAUAAGCAGGGCGAGAGCAGCGGGCGCAAGGUCAACGAGAACAAGUUGCUCACAGGGGCAAAACGAUACCAACCAUACACCAAGAAAUGCAAGACGUGCAAACAGAACCUGCACCAAGACGGCCUGUACUGCCAGGCCUGCGCCUACGCUAAAGGCCUAUGCUCCAUGUGCGGGAAGCAGAUGCUGGAUGUAACCAAGUACAAGCAGAGUGCGCAGUAGGGCCGUGCUGGGUAUGAUGGCGGCAUGCGCGCCCGCCAGGUUACACCGUUGCCUGUAUGUUGGUCACUGGUUGCGAGGUUUUGACCGUGGGCGGGGCUGUUUCAUGGGUUAGGACGAGGUCUGUGCGCAUGUCACGGUGCGUCUGACGAACAUUGCAUAUGCGUUAAGUUUUGCUAUCGCGAAGGUGACGUCUCUGGCACGUGCCGGAGGCAAGUUCAGGUUGACAUAACCCGACCUGAUUGGAUACCCAGGGUCCCCCACCUAAUGACUGCUGCUGAAAGAUGCAAAGGCGAUGAGGCAAGUUGCUGGGUGCCUGCCUGUUAUUGCGACGCGUCCGGCUGGUAUGGCUAGCAUGAGCGGUUUAUUGUAAGGGCUGUCAUGUGCACUGUUAUUGACGUGCGUUGCGGAACUAAUGCGUACGUAGACCAGAGCGGAAGGCGGAGUGGGCUUGCAGGCGGCACGAGAGUAGGCAGUCAGUAGCGCAAGUUGCGAAUUCAAAUGUUACCUCGUAACCGACACUGCUAGGGCAUUGUUGAAAUUCACGCUG